AUGUUCAAGUACUCACAAGCCGUUCGAGUCGAUAAUCGCAUCGAGUGCUCUGGCCAAGGAGGUUGGAACCCAGAAACUGGAGAAUUUUACAAGGAGAUCAACCAGCAGAUUGACCAAGCUUUUAAGAAUGUCGACAUUGCGUUGAAGCAUGCUGGUGGAAAAGGAUGGGGACAGGUCUAUCGGGUCAACUCGUAUCAUGUUCCUAUCAACAACGAAGCCAUAGAGGCCAUGGUACGAAACUUCAAGAUAUGGGUGCCCGAUCAUGAGCCAAUCUGGACCUGUGUCGGAGUGCCCAGGUUAGGUGAGGACGACAUGAGAGUCGAGAUCGAGGUAGUAGCACACGAUCCAAAGGAGUGA